AAUUACAUCAGUUACCGACGUAGUUACUAGGUUCUACCUGACUCCAAUCGGUCUGUAAUUCGCCGAGGCACCAGAAAGCCAUAAAACGAUUCCCCGCAGAGAUGUAAAGAAACGAAAUGAACAAGAAAUGCGACAGAAUUUGUGGGUUUGGCACCUAGAGGCGAGGAACCAAUGAGGAGCGAGGAGGCCAGGCGGCAUCAGUCGGGAGAGGAGCGCAGUGAACCUAAAGAACUGUAGAAAUUACAAUGUGCUCGCUAAUUUCGUGAUAUUAAUGUGUGGCAAGAUGGCAGAGGAACUUCUGUCCCUAAAGUGGAAUAACCACCAGGCCCAUUUUGUGGAUAUCCUUACAUUCCUGCGGGAACAGGAAAUUUUUGUGGAUGCCACUUUGGCCUGUGGUGGGAAGCUAUAUGCAGCACAUAAGUUUGUUCUCAGUACCUGUAGUGACUAUUUUAAACAGAUGUUUACUAAGAACCCUAGUAAACAUCCAAUAGUGUUUAUGAAAGAUGUGACAUCUCGUGAUCUCGAAGCUCUUUUGGACUUCAUGUACAAUGGUGAAGUGAAUGUUCCUCAGUCUAGUCUAGGAUCUCUUAUUAAAACUGCAGAAGGACUACAAAUUAAAGGUUUAGCAGUGCCUGAUGACCCUCCUGUUUCUAAAAGAGAACGGGAACGUGAUAGAGAGAAAAAAGAUAGUAAAACCCAACACGAACACCACAGUCCCCCAGCUAAGAGAGCGAGACCUAGAGAAAGAUCGCCUCCACACUCCACUCCCUCCCAACCUCCAGCUUCCCUCCCACAAUCCUCGUAUACUUCGACAACACCUACAGUGCCCAGAUCUCGAUCCCCCCAGCCCCCUGCCCCUUCAGCUGGUGCUUCUCAAAUUGGUAUACCCCCUGUGGAAGCAACUCUAGAUGAGGACAGUAGAACAAGUGUACAGAGUGGUGUCAGUGGACUCAGUGAACAAAAUUCGAGCACAACACCUAGUCUAAGUUCUAAACAAGGCAGCAGUCAACCUGUGGGUAACACAGGAGACAAUGCGUCUCAAUUAGAUCAGUUGCCGCCAAGUCAUAGUGGAGAAGAGCCCUCGCCUGGGCCAUCUGGAAUCCACAAACCCCAACAGUCAAAAGAAGAGCCAGAAAUGGAAAUCAAGCAAGAAGAUGUGGUGGACCUUGGAGAAGAGGAUGAAGGGGACUGGGGUGUUGAAGGGGAUGGGGGAGGGGGUGACUCCUCAGUUGGGUCUGAAAACCAUCCCAAUUUCCCCGAAGUAAUGCUACCCCAUACAGAUGGUUCCAUGCCUCCCUCAGGAGAUCCAGCAAUGGUAGGCGGUGCGAGUCAUGGUGGGCGAGGCUUGAUGGCCAUGACGAUGCCGCUACCAGUGCCAUAUUGGCAGCCAGCACCUGCUGCUUCAGAAGUAGGAAUGUGGGGCAGGAGCAGUGGGGUACGGGGUGCAGGGGAGCGCCGCCACACAUGCUCAGUGUGUGGGAAAGCCUUCAAGCUGAAACACCACCUGGUAGAGCAUGCUGUCGUCCAUCGUGCUGAGAAACCAUUUUCUUGCCCUCUUUGUCCAGCAGCCUUCAAACGUGCCAAGCAAGUCAAGUAUCAUAUGCGCCUUCAUCACAGAUCUCAUGCCAAUAUGUCACCAAAUGAGAGCUUGCAUUCCACCUCAAACACCAUGAACCAGUCACAAUAAAUUUACAUAAAAAAGAAAUAAAGAAAGAUAAUAAGUGUUACUAUAACAGUAAAUAGAGAGGUCUAGGUAUUGGCUUUUCAAGACAAUGACUAAAAUGAAAAUCUAGACAGCAUUUAGAGUGUUUGAAAUUGACUGCAGUGACAAAAUUAGCUAGUAUGUAUGAACUGAAUAAAUGUGAAAAUGGUGUAUGUAUUUUCCAUGUAAAUAUGUUUUGAUAGAAACAAGCAUUUUUUGACAGACAUAAAAGAGGCAUGUUAACACUUGUGUAUAUUAUUUUUCUUGUACAUAUGUUUUUUUCUUAAAAAGAUACUGUAAUGAGAAACCUACAUAGAUUAUUCUCAGUUAUUCUCUUGAUGAAAGUUGUAGUUUACUUGGAAAUUGAUUAUGAAUAGUUUUGUAUUUUUGUUAAAGGGCAGCACACAGUAAUUCUUUAUUUUUUUCUUCAAUUUUAGAUAGAUCCUGAUAUAUAACCAGUCUUAGUUGGUUUUAAAUUCAUUGUAACUGCCAUAUUAUCUGAGCCCAUGGACUUUAAGAUUUAUAUUGAGAAUUAGAUGGGGAAAUAAAGAUUUUAAUGGAGAUAGAGUACUUAGAUCAUUGGUAAAUAAUUGGAAGUACAUUUAAUAAUUUCUACUAGUAGGAAUUACCCCUACUUGUAUGGUAUAACAAAUUCUCAUGUUAUAAGAUUUUUAAGAUUUUGUAUAUGAAUGAAAAGUAGAUAAAUACUUGCAAAAAAUUAUAUAAUUGUGCGAGGUACUAAUUAUCUGUGGGGAGAACAUACGGUAUUCUGGUAUUUGUGCAGUAUUUCACUGGAAAGCAUUUACUGAGAAAUUGCCUUUUCAGUGUUAAACAGUAAUAUCAAGUUACCUAAACCUGUUUUGAGAAUAUACUACAAUGAAGAGGAAAAAGUAGAUUUUUUUUUACAUUGCCAGUCAUAGUAGCACAAAGAAUGCAUUUUGAUAUUGAGAAAAUUAACCCCCAUUCAAAUGGUAACGGUCAUAAAAUGCAAAUAAUUUUAUUCCGCAAAAGAAACGUCAUAUACAAGUGGGUAAUACAGAGAAUAUAUUGCAGGACACUGUAAUAACGAUGUGGUAUAUCUAAUGCUCUCUUCUCAAUGCUCUACUUUUUUUUUUUCAUAAGUUAUUUUUCCCUUUGAUCUCUCCAUAAUUUUUCAUUAUGAAACAUGUUACGCCGGAAAUGAUGUAUGUAUAACCACUUCACUGAAAGUAGCAGUUAUGUUUGAUACAUUACUUUUGCAAAAUUACUUUUUUUUUUGGUAAAAGGUUAUUACAUAGAAUAAACUUUCCACUACUUUCUAGAGUAUAUGUUAAAUUCACAUCAUGUAUUUUGGAUGGACUAUGCUCUUGUGUAGAUAGUAAAAAUAUAGCACAUGUUCAUAUUUCCCUGAUCAUUAUUUUCAUACUAGUCUUGCUUCAGCUCAAGAAGACGAGAAGUCUAAAAAGAAAUGGUUGACCGGAAGAGAAUAGCAUAGGAUUUUUAAAGAAUUUGUAUGAGAAUUUAAAUUUUAAAAGCAGCUGCCUAAGCAGAAACAAAAACAGUGAAGGCAAGUGAGCAUACUUAACAUCAUUAAUUCUUAAUAGCCAAUGGCUUAGUAUUAUUUCCUUGUUGGAAAGGACAGGACAGGGGUUAAGAAAUGCUUAGCAAGACUAAAUAUUUACCUUUGCUGUAUUAUUAUUACUGGAAUAGAAUAAAAAAAAAAAAAAAAUGAAAUCAAAGAACUUUUGAUCAACUUUUAAAUUAUAUAUAUUUUAUGGCUUCAGGGUUGUUUUCAUGUAAAUGGAUAAAGUCCAACCAAUUUCAGAAAUGUAGGUGAAGUUGUGUAGAUUGUAGAAAGUAGUGGAAACUAUCCCUGUGUGAUAAUUCCAUAAUAUGCUUAAUGGUGGUCUACUCCAUUUAAGUAUUUCUUCAUUGAUAGGGAAGAAAAAUUUAUUCACCUUGUUUUAGAAUUCAACAUGUUUAAUUCCAUCUUUGAAUAUGUUAGUCUUGAAUUGCCUACUCAAAUAUGUGUGCAGUACAUAAUUUGCACUCGUGUACCAUCCCAAGAGAAAUGCAAUUCUUGUAUCAUUUAAAGUGAUACAAACAAGUAAUGGACAUAGAAGAGCACAUUCUUAUUAAAUAUCAUAAAACACGAAACCUUUACGUUAACCUCUUCACCUCUGUCAGGGACAGUGUUUCUCCACCAGAUUAAAUUAUAUGGCAUCAUUAGGUGUGCGGACUGUUUGUUUACUUCAAGUUUUCAAUUUUACUUUGCAGUUUCUAUAUACUUGGUGAAAAGAUUGUGAUUUCCAAGAAGACAUGAUGGGUAUUUUUAUAGAAUUAUUGUUAAUGAUAUUUGUAACUAAUUUAUUCACAUACCCCCAAAUAUAUUAGACUGCUGUAUGGAAAAAAGUUUUGCUAUAUUUUAUUCUGCUAUUCUUCCAUUUUUU